UGCAGAGAACGAAGAAGAACAUCAGCAGACGACAGCUCGUUCACGGUGAAACCACAGCGCCCUGCACGCUCUUCUUGAUCAUAAACACUCUCAAAAACCUACUCGAUCAGAUCAGAAGGCGAGACUAAACGUUAAUGUUCUGGGAUUUUCAGUUUGUCAACAUGAUCUUUUUGUGAGGAAAUAUACUCGGAAACAUUCAUUUAAGCGGGACGGAAAGAGUCGUCAUCGCCCAAAUUUCUGAACUCUUCGAAGGGCGAAAGUAUUGGAACACUUGGAACAGGCAUUAAUGAAGCGGGCGAGCGAAAGAGCUCGACGGCCCCUGGUGCUCAUCGGAGAACUCUGACGGAGGGAGCCCGGCAUACCUUGAUCGCUGCGGCCGCUGUAUUUUCCUCUCAUCACAUAUUUUUUGUGUUUCAACUUAAAUAUCAAGCGAUUUUAAGGAUACUUUUCGUUCCGCAUUAAAAACAGCAAGAAACAGAGAUGGCAGCAAUAGAUUCUUACUUCUUGGAACAUAAACUGAGGCAAAAUUCACGUGCCAUUGCUGUCGCCCUUCUCGCCAUAUUAUUAAUGCUUUCAGAUGCCAGUCUCUCAUUAGCCACAAGGUUUCAACUCAACCCGGAAGCCACCCAAACGCAGAACCCAGAAUGCAAUGUGGAUUGCUCGAAUCAGAGACCGAAGCCGUUCUGUGGUACCGAUGGGAGAACUUAUUUAUCAAAAUGUGAAGUGAAAAAAGCGAGGUGUCAGGGCUGGAAUGUGAGAAAAGAACAUAACGGCCCAUGUGCAGUAGAAUUAACAAAAUGUCAGUUAGAGCGGGCCCAGAAUCUCCAGCAACCGGACAGUUCAUCCGUGUUUGUACCACAAUGUAACGACGAUGGUAGUUAUGCUAUGAUACAAUGCCAUAAGUCCUUUGGUUAUUGUUGGUGUGUUACUGAAGAAGGAAAACCGAUUGCCGGUUCCUCGGUUAGGGAUGGAAACCCGACGUGUAACAGACAAGCCGAUGAACCGAUUGUUGAUAAUCCACCAACCUUCAAAGGAACUUCAUCAUCGUCAGGAGGUUCGAGGUGCAGAGAAGACAAACGCGAAGAAUUCAACAAAAAUCUGAAAAGGAUAUUCAAGGAAGAAUACGCCAGGCUUCCUCGAGCGGACAUCUCGCCGAUCCCCUUCUCGUCGUCGAGAGCGACCCUGGAAUGGGAGAAACAGGUUAUCGAGUGGAAGUUCGGUUCCCUCGACGCCAACGAGGACGCCAACCUCGACAGCAAGGAGCUCAAGCCAUUGCUCCGACUCAUGAAGAAGAUCAUCAAGCCGAAGGUCUGUGCCAAAGACUUUGUUAAGAUUUGCGAUCUUGAUGCUGAUGAUCGGUUGACCGAGAUGGAGUGGUCGCUGUGUUUAGGGGUCGACAAUAUCCUAUUCCCAGUUCGCGAUGGACUUUGGUCUGACUCAUCAGAUAAUGAAAACGAGCAACCAGAAGAACCGACGGUUGACAGUGGGGGUCCGCAAGACGGUAGGUCAAGUACGAACCAACAUCUUUUCUUAUCUUUCUUGAUUUCAUCAGCGAGUCCUCCGUUGUUAGUGACCAGACAGAUCCCGCAUGGUGACAAUACCGAUUCAGAUACUCAAAAUGUACCGGUCUUAUCGUGCGAAACGGAGAGACAACGUGCCCUUGAGGAACAGGAGAGAACAUCGGCAUCCGUGGUGUUCGUACCUCAGUGUACCGUCACUGGUGACUACAUGGCUGUCCAGUGCCAUGAACAGAUGCAGUACUGCUGGUGUGUCUAUGUGGAUACCGGGAAACCUAUCCCAGGGACAUCUGUCAGAGAUUCCACCAAGGAAGACUGCAGUCCUUUGGCUACUUCAAGAGGUCCAAUCACACCAAGGGUCUUUGUCGAUUGUCCAGAUGAUAAAAAGAAGAGAUUUCUUAUUAAACUUAUAGAUAACAUAUACGCAGAAAUGACGGUUACAGACGCACUUUUACUAGAAACAACUACGCAAGCAAUAGAAGAUCUCAAUCCAAACCAUAGAGACGAAUCGAUAGUUUGGAAGUUCGGGCAACUGGAUAGAAAUGGUAAUAAUUACCUGGAAGAGAAAGAAACCGCACCGUUUGUACCUGAAAUCGACCAGGUAAAGUCGAGUAAGAAAUGUCGGAAUAAUUUCUUAGACUAUUGUGAUGGAAAUCAAGAUUCCAGACUAUCUCUUAAGGAAUGGCUCCACUGUUUUGACAUCACACCAGCCGUUGUAACGGAAGCUCCACCCAGAAGAGGGCGAAAUCCAUUUAUUGACAGACUAACUUGAUGGGCGAAUGCUAGCCGACUCCAGUCCCUACAGUGUACGUCAUCAUUCACCGAAUGAAAUGCUCGGCAUGUCAAACAGCUCUGCCCAAUGUUUCUUAUUAAAGACAAUAUUAUACUGAAUUAAAAGUAAAACAAACUCCAUGCUAUGAUGUCAUAUCGGAGAAUAGACAAGAGAAUUCCACUUAUGAAUUCAAUAUUAUGGCAUGUGCAGCUUGGUGCAUGGAUGUGGAAACUUCAAGAUUGAGAUGCAGGAUUUGCAUUAAAGACCGACCUGCUCUUGUGCAAGUGAUCCAUUUUGGAGUACGAUCUUCUGAUUCUCCUUUGGAAAUGCAACUAUUCAGCUGUUUAUGUGUGUAUCUUUUUUUUGUCAUAAAUCAGAUGAAAUGGAAGGAGGUGAUCAGUUGUUGAUCGGAGAAUGAACUCCCAGUUUUAGAAGACAACUGAUUCAUCAUCAUUAGCCUUGACAAGGAAAGUCGAUGAACUGAAAUUUCCUUCCGUCAGUCAAUCGCUUCAUAGCAAUAUUAUCGCGAUGGAAACGUAUGAUCGCGAAAAAAAAUGCGCAGGAAAAAGUCGCGAUGAAAACUAUUUGGCAGCGAUGAUUCCUCGACUCUAUGGAAUGGAAAGAAACUUCAGAGGAUAACCAUUCAUCUUAUAGAAAAGUGGAUCAUUGUCAGAUGUUUACGAGAGUUAAUUGGUUUCGAACAAAGCAUGUACCGCAUCGUCUGCCACGGGGAUGGUCUACAAAAACUAAUUUGGUGAUACCGCUGCUUAUGUUACCGCCUACUUCGGUAGAUUCUGAGGUUUAUUUUAAUGACAUCAACAUACUCAUGAAACUUUUCUCCACUGCUCCUAUGUGACUCAUCAUCUUGAAGAGGCUGGCUUGGGCAUCAAUCAUCUCGGAAAUGGGGUUGUCUCAAUGCCACUGACAUUUUAACAUCAAUAAUAGGCGGGAGGGGGAGGGGAGUUCUGUCACAAAAUGGUUUCUUAAUCUAGGGAUUAUAUUGGAUCAUUGUAGAUUUUAAAACACUGCGCUUAAUUUGUUUUCAAUGUUGACAAAUUAAUUAUUAUUUAAAGUCUAUAAUUUUUAUAUUAUGUAAUGCGCCAUUUUUUUUUACUUCCAACCGCCCUGCUUUUAUUUCGAUAUGAAAUAUCAAACCUUCUUUCUAUCCUCCGAAACCCAUUCACUUUCGUUCCAUUAUUCCUUCUUCACCCCCCUCUCUCUCUAUCUUCCUUUUUACAUAAUAUGAUACUGUGAAUCACUUGGCUCCGAGUCACCUCUGUUACUUUUCUUUUAUCUUUCAUUUGUAGCGUAAUGUGCCCCCCCCCCCAAAAAAAAAAACAAAUUGAGGCUACAGAAUGGUGGGUGGAACAAAAUUAAUGAAUAGAUGCAAAGUCGGCAAAUCGAGCGAGCAAAAUUUUUGAUUUUUUUUUAAAUACAAACGUCAAUUUUAAAAAUAGAUUUGGACAUGAUAUUCAGAAUAUCAUAUAGGCGUAAUAUUCUACUAUUUCCCUUCCCUCUCCUAUCUUUCUUUUUUUUCUUGGUCGUGAAAGCUUCCCCCAAGCCCCCCCCCCCUCCUUUCCCAGCUGUACGCUAGUGAUUCUACCAUGAUAUAUGGAGAUGUCUUGUAGUCUUGACGUGAGAGUCCUGUGUGCUGCCCCUCAACCCUCGGUGACCAAAAGAAAAUUCUAUCAUUCCAGCGAACCACACUGGCGAGGGUCAAAAUUUAUGUAGCAUGAAUUUCCUGUGCUCUUAGGGGGGAAACCCGCUCUCAUUUUAAGAGGUUUUAUUCCCUGCCCGACAAAUGAAAUCUAUUUUUAGAAUUGGAUUAUUUUAAGAUGUAUCUUAAUGAAAUCAUUCACUGACUUGCAUUCUUUUUAUUUGUUCCGUUCUCUUCGCCCCCACCCCCUCCACUCAUCAAUCUGUUCCUCUCAUUUUUGUACGCCCUCUCUUCAUUUUUAUGAUCAAAGAGUUGUUAGCGAAGCGUUCGAAUUGGCUUGAACAAUAACACUUAUGAACUUCAUUUUAUAAUUUAUGCGGGGAAAAGGUUCAAAGAAAAUAUUUAUAUUUGUUAAAGGUCAUGUAUGUCCUUUAUCAAACAAGCAUUGAAUCAAUGUGUUAUAUUACUCUUGUGGUAAAUUCGUCUAACUUCAAUUGAGAACCGUCUUUUAAAUGUUUUUCAACUGCCAUCUAAGAAUGAAGAUGAUAUCGUUUUAAACAAUUAUGUUUAAAGUGAAGCAAAUUUUUAAAGCAAAUGAAAAAAAAUGAGGUCAUGACCCCAUCCAGAAUCAUGCCUUGCUUUUUUGAAUGAAAAGGAAAUGUUUCAUUUAUAUUAUGAUGUACAAAUUGUAACCCAAAGAAUGUACGUUUGUAACUUAAUGUCAUUAGCAGUAUCACUUGGAGGGCGAUGGCCUUCGCAGACAUUAAAUGAGCGCGGUAGAUUCGCUUUAAUCUUUUCACCCUAAUUGAUUUUGACGAAGACUUACGCAUCAUGUUUUAAACUAGUGCACAGGAUUUCUGUUUUCCUAACUUUAUUUGGGGACAUAUAUGUUCUUCGUUGUACACACAAGAUAAUGUUUGGGUGUACUUUUUUCGGAUAUGAGAACCCCUUAUAUUUUUUUAAUUUAAUGACGGAUGGAAUAUUUAGUGGGAUUUGUUUUUUUGUAGAAUUUACGCUAUUUCGAUCAAAAUGAUUGAGCGAGAUAGUCCCACUUAUUCCCCGCGAAUUUGUAAGUGUUAUGAACACUAAACUUACAAUAUGGUUGUACGUCAUUGUUCAGCGUUUAUAUUUGUUCAUAAAAUUUAUUUAAAGAGUGGUUUGGGGAGAAUGAACAAGAAUUGACGCGCAACAAUAUUAAUGUUUUUAUAUGGUGAAAUCUUACAACAGCAAUAUAUUAUUCGUGUAAAUAGUGCCCAUUAAACUUCGACUGUAUUAUUCAUGUUAUUGUGGAUAUAUUGUGCUUGGAAAUUUGUAUUCAUGUUCAGAAAAUGUUUCAAAAAAAUCUUGUGAAUUAAAUGCAGCGAUGUGUUUGGUAGCCAGCUGUAUGGAAUAGGUGCAUUACAAAAUAGUUUGCAUUCCCAUGGAGACCACUAUUUCCACAAUCUCUGCCGUUUGAAUAACUAAUGUAUCUGAUCUUUAAUAACGAUUGACCGUUUGCAAUUUCGAUUAGUAUUGUAAGAAGUAUCGAAAAAGUAUUUUGACAAGGUCAUUAAGUUGGAAGUGUACAUAUUGCUUGUCAUUUCUCCUCGUUACGUAGACAAACAACAUUUUCUUUAUAAUUUCUAGACCAAAAAGCAUCGUAGAACAAAUGUGUUGUCAGAGGGUCAAAUAUAUCACAAUGAUAACCUUUAAAAAAAAUAAUACAGGUAUUUUAGAAUUAAGGAAAGGGAGAGAUUAGAAUAAUUACGAGAAUUGCUUGAAAACAACAACUGGAGUAGUGAAUAUAUAAUUCUCCUCUUGUUUUUUUAUUUUAAGUUUAUAUAUUUUUAUAUUUAUUUCACAAUAUGUGAUUCAUUUUGGCAAUACAGUUUGAAGUAAUUUAUCAGGAGAGUAAAAUUUUGAUUACAUGGAUGCAUCCAUCACUAACAGUUUUCAAUCCUGUCCCGAGAAUACUAUGUUAUUUUCCAAGUUUCGAAGUGGGCAAAUGAUAGAUGAAAUAAUUUGAUAUUUUCUUUCAUUGUUUUAUGUUGAUUAUGUUAGUUAUUUGACUGCUAUUAAUGUUUCAAGCCAAUACGUUUCAGUUUAAUCAUAAUUUAAGGGUCAUAAAUUUCAACAUUAAUGGUCUCUUAUAUAAACAUUGAAUUAUCAAUAAAAGUCAUAUUCAUCAAUACAAAUAUUUGUAAUUGGGAUUGGACAUUUGUUUUUCAAUCUUGAAAGUGUACAUAUACUAGUAUUAUAUUAAAAAAGUAUUUGAAUAUGUCCAGAAACCAUAUGCAACAGAAUAGAAGUGUGAAUUAAUUUUGCCAAGAGUUUUAAUAAAUUGUUUGUUACCACUGCA